CAUCAAUCUCCUGGAGAGUACAGCAGUGCAGCUCUCUCGAGAAGUCGGAAAGUUUACCCAUAGCCCAAAUCCGUAUUCGGAGCUUUCGGCAAGAUGUGCACGAAGGCUGAUAUGCAUCUGAAAGAUAGAAUGAAGCCUGCUCAGAAACUGGACAUUGCCGUCAUUGGUGCAGGAUGGUACGGGUGUCAUAUUGCGUUGGAAUUGAAGAAAGAAGGGCACCAUGUGGUGGUUUUCGAAAAGCAGCCGGAUAUCCUUCAAGGAAUCUCCGGGACUUUCGGAAUUCGCUUGCACAAGGGUCCUCAUUACCCCCGCUCUAAACCAACACGGGAAGCUUGUCGGGAUGUUUUUGAGAAGUUCUGUCACACAUAUCCGGAGCUCGUUGUGGCUCAUGAGCAGUCAAUUUAUGGCCUCGGUGAAAGGGAUGCUCUGGGAUAUGCUUCCAAGGUCACACCAGAAGUAUUCCAUGAUGUCUGUAAUGAGUCACCGGAGUGUCGAACACUUGACGUUGAGCAACUGGGGUUUGCAGGCCUCAUUAGUGCAUACGAUAUGGAUGAGCCCAGCAUUGUCAUCGGAAACAGGUUACGGAGUGCCUUAAAGAGGAGAUUGCACCAUGCCUCCGUGGAUGUACGCGUGGGCUGUGACGUGAAGGAGAUCACGAAAGCCGAUUCCAAGCAACAAGUCUCAGUGGACGACAGCGUGCAUGCCUUCGACGUGGUUGUCAACGCUACGGCAUAUCAUAGCCUCAUACCGGCCGGUAUUCUGAAAUCGUUGCCCGUGGAUAUUGAGGUGACAUACCAAGCUUGUAUCGGCCUUGUGUAUGAAGACCAAACACCGCAGGAUAUUCCAUUUUCAUUCAUAGUCAUGGAUGGGUGGUUCCCUUGCAUUAUGCCAGCCAUCUCAACCAAUGAACGGCCAUGUAGGGAUUAUCUGAUCAUUCACGGGGCGUAUACUGUCAUGGGUUCGUACGACAGUCUUCAAGAAGCACAGGACCUUCUUGGGCGGCUUGAUGAUGCUGUCAUUGGAACAAAAGUCAGGUCACAUAUCGAGCACGAGCUUGAACGGUUCUGGCCUGGAUAUACCGCACGUUUUGUUUACAAAGGGUGGAGAGGAGCCACAUUGCCCAAAUUGAAAACAAGAGCGGAAUUCCGCAGCUCACUCACAUUCGAAAGAGACGGCGUCAUCUACAUCUUCCCUGGGAAGAUCAACAAUGUCUUCAAUGCAGCCGAAGAGACGCUAACCCUCGUCGAUUAUAUAAGUAAACAAAGGAUGGGAGUCUUGCCUUUGGCGGCGCAAAGCACUUCUGCAGUCCAUACAUGUAACGGUGUCUGUUACACUACGCAGAGUGCAUUCUCGACUGCUACUCAGGAACUUGCACAAAAACCCAGUGCCGGAGAGCAAUCUACCAGUAACCUCCAAAGCUUAUCUAUCAUGGAUCCUGAAUUUGGCGUGGGGGUUGAGUUGUAAAGACAGUUCACACUAUGUCAGCUGUGCUACGCCUUGUCCGUUUUACGUAAUCCAGUUGCUAUGUUUUUACUGAUAAUCG